CGCACAUUCUAAACGCGGACAGGUAGAUUGCUAUUAUACGUGUUCAGGUAAACCUGGAAAUCACAGCUGCGGUACUCAGGACAGCACAUUUAAAGCGGUAUUCACCAAUAUGUUAGCCCGAGCAAGACCUGGAUAUUAUCGCCAGGAGGUAAAUAAAACCGCUUGGGAAGUCCCGGAGAGAUACAAAGAUCUGAAACAGGUGGGGACGGGGGCAUAUGGUACAGUAUGCUAUGCGUUUGACCGGAGGACAGGGGCAAAGGUGGCCAUCAAGAAACUCCAUCGUCCCUUCCAAUCUGACCUGUUUGCCAAAAGAGCUUAUCGGGAACUCAGGCUGCUCAAACACAUGAAGCAUGAUAAUGUUAUUGGACUUGUGGAUGUUUUCACUGCAGACCUUUCUCUAGACAGAUUCCAUGACUUUUACUUGGUCAUGCCUUUUAUGGCUACUGAUCUUGGAAAGUUAAUGAAAACGCAGAGACUGUCAGAGGACAAGGUCCAGUAUCUGGUCUACCAGAUUUUGAAAGGACUCAAAUAUAUCCAUGCUGCUGGAAUCAUUCAUAGGGAUCUCAAACCAGGCAAUCUGGCAGUAAAUGAGGAGUGUGAGCUUAAGAUCCUGGAUUUUGGUCUAGCACGGCAAACAGACAGUGAAAUGACGGGCUAUGUUGUGACACGCUGGUACAGAGCGCCUGAGGUCAUUCUUAGCUGGAUGCAUUACACACAGACUGUGGACAUCUGGUCGGUCGGUUGCAUCAUGGCAGAGAUGCUGCUAGGGAAACCACUGUUCAAAGGAAAUGACCACUUGGAUCAGCUGAUGGAGAUCAUGAAGAUUACAGGGACGCCAACAAAAGAGUUCACAGCCAAACUACAGUCCGAAGAUGCUAGAAACUACAUAGCAAAGUUGCCAAAACUUAAAAAGAAAGAUCUUUGGGCAUUGUUACCAAAUGUUAACCCACAAGCGAUUAAUGUGUUAGACAGCAUGCUGCUCUUGGACCCUGAGAGUAGAAUAACAGCGGCAGAGGGACUGGCUCUUCCUUUCUUCUCGGAAUUUCGUGAACCAGAGGAGGAGACUGAGGCCCCACCGUAUGACCAUUCACUAGAUGAGGCUGAUCAGUCAGUGGAGCAAUGGAAACGACUCACCUUCACUGAAAUUCUGACCUUCCGUCCGGCACCAGUGGUGGAAGAAUCUAAAGAGACGGCUCUUUGAGAUUGCUUAUUUUUACAUCGUCAAGGCUUUACAUUUGUACCAUUUGUCCCAUACAGACUUUGAACAGUUUUUUACACAGUGAGUGUACUGUUUUAUUUUUCAGCCUUUUACCCAGUUGUGUGCUAGUGUUUUACACAGAUGAACUAGGCACAACUGAACCAUCAGUAGACCGGCACCAUCAUGCAAUUUAAUUGGGAGAUUUUAGCAUAAAUAUUUGCAAGUUUGUGAUUUAUAGCACCU